AUGGCGACCCCGGUGAAGGAAAUCCCGCGUUUCGAAUUCGACGCACCGACUAUGCGUUCAUCUGAUGAGGAGCAAACCGUCAUCGGCCAGAAUGACCAUCUCAACGGCAAUGCUCCUGUCGACAGCAAGGCGCUGAAGGAGAGACUGCACGUGGAAGCCCUCAGAGAGUCUUCUCCUACUCGCCACGAGGAUCAGCUGCUUUCCCCAUCGCGUGGUCGUGAGGAAGCCAACCGUCUCACCGAUGAAAUCGCCCUGCAGAGAGCAGAACGUCUCGUAACCACUGCUUCGGAAGUUGAAGGCCGCAAUUCUACCACUAUACAUCGCUCGAGAUCGAGAGUCCCCGAGCCCAUCGACGACUUCGACGCUGCCACCAAUCCUCUCCACGAGCGGACUGCCGUCUACAAGCCUCCCGAGAACCCCACCACAAAAGUUGCAAAGUUCUUCAAGUAUGUCCACGAGUCAAGUUGGCUCGUUCGAUAUUUUACCUACAUCGUCCCCGUUACCGUAAUCCUCCUCACACCAAUCCUCAUUGGUGCCUUGACUGCCCCGGGUCAGAAUGCCAACGUUGGCAGUGUCAAAUUGUUAUGGUUCGGUGUCUGGCUAGAGAUCGUCUGGUUGACCCUCUGGGCUGGUCGUAUUGUGGCCAAAUGCCUCCCUUGGCCCCUCGGUCUUGUCUCCAGUCUGUUCACAAACAAUUCGAAGAAAUGGCGCGAUUUUGGCAAGCAGCUCGAGGUUCCCCUCACUCUGUUCCUCUGGUGGCUGGCCAUCGAGAUCUCAUUCCUCCCAAUCAUGUCCAACCGCCGCAUCAACGGUGAAUCUGGCACGACUUCGUGGAUGCGAACCAUGAACAAAGUUAUUAUCGCUGUCUUUGUUGGGACUUCUCUGAAUCUCGGCGAAAAGAUCAUUAUUCAACUCAUUGCCAUAUCCUUCCAUCUUCGAACCUACGCCGACCGAAUCGAGCUCAACAAAUUUCAGAUUGGGAGCUUGACCAAGCUCUACAUCUUUUCCAAAGCCAAGAUACAUAUGGAUGAUCGUGAAUUCAAAGAGAAGGCAAGUGGUCCUCCCUCUGGUGCUCGCACUCCAGCUGCCUACGUCGGAAUAGCCAGUCAUGCAGUCAACAAGGCCAUGGCAAAAGUUGGCGAUGUUGCCGGAGCCGUCGCAGGUGACUUUACUGGCCAAGAAGUUGCCAGGAGCGGUUCGCCUGCUCAGGUCAUUCUAGAGCUUCUCAGAUCGACAGCUGGAUCCCAGGUUUUGGCCCGACGACUCUACAGGACUUUUGCGAGAGAGGGAGAGGAAACCGUCUCUUCUGAGGAACUCAAGGUGGCUUUCGACAACAACGACGAGGCCGAAGCGGCAUUCAGCAUGUUCGAUAAGGACAUGAAUGGCGAUAUCUCCAUGGAAGAACUCGAAGCUGUCUGCGUGGAAAUCGGCAGGGAAAGGAAGUCCAUCACAGCUUCCUUGAAGGAUUUGGACUCCGUCGUCAGCAAACUCGAUGAUGUCCUCUCGUUUGUGGUAUUCAUCAUCGUCGUCCUAGUCCUGAUCUCACUUCUCUCGACAUCUGCGGCCGGUGUGCUGACGUCUGCCGGUUCUGCCGUGCUCGCUUUGUCAUGGUUGUUCUCCGCAACAGCGCAAGAGUUCCUCCAAUCAGUUGUCUUCGUCUUCGUCAAACAUCCGUUUGAUGUUGGUGAUCGAGUAUCGAUCUAUGGUAACACUGGAGCACAGCUGAAGGGUGAUGACUACUUUGUCAAAGAGAUCGCCUUGCUGUACACCGAAUUCAAGAAAAUGGAAGGUCAAAUCGUUCAGGCGCCUAAUUCCUACCUUAAUACCUUGUUCAUUCUCAACAUGCGCCGGUCUGGAGGUUUGGCCGAGGCCGUGCCGAUCGUCAUUCGCUUUGGAACGACAAUCGAUCAAAUCGAUGCUCUAAGGAGUUCGCUACUUGAGUUCGUCCGCGACCAGAAGCGUGAAUAUCAAUCUAACAUCCUCACGGAACUCCGGGAAGUAACAGAGGCAUAUUCAUUAACGCUCAACGUGGUCUUCUUUUACAAAACUAAUUGGCAGAACGAGUUGGUUCGAUUGACGAGGCGGAAUAAGUUUAUUUCUGCGCUGAUGUUAGCCAUGCAACAGCACGGCAUUGAGGGCCCACGCCGCAAUCAAGCAGGCUGGAGAGAUGAUAUUCCUCUACAUCUCAAUUACCCACCUGGGGCUCUUCCUUCACAAGACCUCCGUACGAGCGACAACGACAUUGGAGCUUCAGGUCCUGCCGCUGCUGGAGAAGCUCCUGUGCGUGCAAACCCGUCAAUUCUUCGAAGAAGACCCAGCACCGGUCAACUUGGCCGCCCUCGAGCGGAAUCAAUCUCUUCCAUGGCCAAACGGGUCGACUUCUCCCUCGGCAUGAGAGACGCCGGUUCAAUGGCAGAUCCAUAUGAAGACAGAUCACCAUCACAAGCACAAUACCGCAACGUCAUCCGCGAGAGCAACAGAAUCGACGAGGAGCGCCGUUCGAGUGAACAAGGAAGAGACUCUGCAGAAGCUGUCCGCGCUUCUGGCCGCUCGGCGUCUCGCCGAGACCGAUCGGGGUCUGGUUCUCAUCAUCACAUGAGCAGUGGCUUCAUGCGUCGAUCGACAGAGCCGUUCAAUUCACAUCGAAACAGCGUCAGCAGUGUCGGAACGCACCGUAAUCGAUUCAUGGGCUGGACGCGUGGUAAUCAGAGCUUGGACCGAGCACGAGAUGCCGAAGAAGGCAACCACGGUCCAAUUGACGCUAGAACGGGGCAAGUGUCUAGCGAAGCUGUUCGCCUCGACUCUUUCACAUCAUCUAUACCAGAGGAACACGGUGCCGCGUUGGCGCCAGCGGCCUCGCACAGCGAGGAUUGGGAGCUGAGAAGGCUUGGCGAGCAAGCAUCCUCUGCCAGAAAGGCCCAAUAA